ACAAAACCACAUCAAGCAAACGAGUUUACGAGCUUCUGGACCUCGUUUGCUUUCACUUUCUCAUAACCUUAUUACCUUAAUCAACUAUUCAUAAGUUGCACUUUCUGCACAAUAUACUUUCUUUUGUAAUUAAUCUUUUUUGGUUUUCACGAUGGAAUGGUCUUCAAAAUCUGCUUCAAGGGCAUACCUUGAUACCCUUCAACUGUGCGAGAAUAAAAAGAGAGAAGAUGGGAUUUGGAGAGUUGGAAAUCCUGAAAGCAAUGAACUUAUAUCAGCAUUAGCAGCAGGAAUGAAAGCAAAACUGAUAGUGGAAGUGACUUCUUGUGUGUCCCUUUAUACCAUAGCUCUAGCAGUUGCUGCAAGACAAACUGCUGGCAGAUUCCUUUGUUUUAUCCCUAAAUCACUCCUUCGUCAAUCCAAAGAAGCCAUCAUGAACUCAGGUCUUGCAGACCAA